UAACUGGUGAAUGUUGCCAUAAAAUAUGACAAUGUAUCGAGAACCGGCGAUUUCAAUAUAUUCACUUUGAAAUAAAUAUUCAUUUGUGUGUUAGCGAUGCUAUGGGUUUGUAUCGCCGCCGUAUUGUGCGAUAUAUACUGGGAAUUCUCGCAUUUAUCGCUGUAGUUCAGAUUCUCACUACGCUUCACUUUUCGACCCUAAACAAUGGCGAGCGUAGCACUUCGCGCAAAGCGACGAGACGAACUGAGGAACCGCCAACCAUUAUCCAAGACUCAUCUGUCAAGGCUCCGGCGAUUUUUGAUCUACGUAAAAGCAAGGUAUUUGUAAGUGCAAACGGAUCUAUGGUCCAUAGACUGAAUUUAAUAUUCUGUUAAAAAUAGUUUAGUCUAUCAAGUCUAUACUAAAUAAUAACAAGCCAAUUUACUAUAACAAAUCACGGAAUAAACUUCAUUUAUUUUUGAACUUCAAAAACAUAUUUCGGCGCCGUGGCCUUUAACCUUCAGAUCGCCGAUCCUUUUUGACAACUAAAUUUAAAUUUUUAUCGUUUCGAUUUGGGAUGAAGAUAAGAUUGACUGUCUAGAGUUAUAGAAUGCUCUAUUGUUAUAGACACUUAAUUAUUUAUUUUGGCAAAAUAAACCGGCGAUACUAAAUAGCAAGUCGAGGUAUGCAAGUUGGUAUUGCAGUUGCCACGUGUUACAUUCCAAAGUGUAUUCAUACAAUUAGACCCAUAUUAAAUGUAUCAAAUUACGCAAUAAUUGCUACAUUUUUAUUUUUUUAGUAAAUUAAAACCGCUAAUCAUGGGUUAAAAAACUGAAUUUUAUAAUCUUCGAACCUGCAAUUGCAUAUAUUCGACACUUCAAGGCUGUCACCAGCAAUAUUAACAGGACAAGUGGUACAUUUGACAAUGCAAGGAUGAGCCUUGACCCUAUUAAAUGGAUUAACUGGAACAUCAAUCAUUAAUUGCAUUCAUGCCUUAGAUAGUAUUUUAAUCUGCCUUAGGGAAAACAGUAUUUUUAUAAUAGCUUAUUCACAACCUUUCACUAUGCUAACUUUAUUUGUACAGGAGCUGCCCCCAAAUAAUCGAUUAUUUUUUUUAGGGUUUUUUUCUGCAAUAUUUGUUUAUUCUUAACAAUAAUCAGAUUAAUCGGAUAAUCCUGCACAGCAUGAUUUCUCUUCAUAGAUGGUUUUAUUAACUUUUGAAAAUUGAAAAAUCUGGCUGUGUUGCCAGACCCCUAUAUACACCCUACUUUGUUAUUUUACUCUGUCUAACGCCAGGCAAUUUUACUCAAAAAGGGAAAAGCGCUGGCACUGGAUGGAUUGUUAAGACACUUGGGCAGUCUAAUUUACCCAUUGAGAACCAGCAUGUCAUCUGGCAUUAGACUGAGUAGAUAGCAUCUGGAGUAGGACACAGUAGGGUGCAAUGCAACUUAAUCCAGGAUUAACUCUUAUGCGGAAAAUCAAUAUAGUCAAUAAAUAUUGAAAUUUCAAAAAUUUCGAUAUUUGAUUUUUCGAAUACCAAAAAUAUCGAAAAACCAAAGCGAACAUGUUAGUGUCUCUUGCAGAAAACUUAUAUGACCAGUCUUAUGAACUAAAUAAUUCUUUUUAACAUUCAUAAAAUGACCAUAUUGUAGUAAAUAAACCUUUUGACAUUCGAUUAAUAGUUUCACAUAACUUUGUUUUUUGCCAUUUUUGGUGCAGUAUACAUUUAUUUUGCUGUUUGUGAUGUGGUAUAUCGACUAAAUUGCCAUACAUAAUUUUCGUAAUUUUGCUAAUUUGCAUAUUUUCCAUAUAGUCUGGGUUUUUUUUCGAUAUCGAUAUAUUGAAAUUUUCCAAUACCACAACAAGCCUACUAGUCAAUGGGACAAUACUAGCACUUUAUGGGUUAUUCAAAUCAAUACACUUUUAUUUUUUUUAGGCCACAGAUUUUGUGCUGGAAAUUUUAAAACAAUACAAAGACUUUGAUUGCUUGUUGAAACACAAGGACAUCAAAUCUGCGCUAUCGAGAGUGAAAACCCCGGAGUGCCGGAAAGUCAUUCAAAAGACUGGAUGCUUGUUAGAAAACUAUAGAUUAUAUUUUUCAAACAUACGUAGAACUUGUCCAGUUUCGAAGUGGGUUAGUGGAUAUCCACGCGGUGUAACAGACAGCGUAGCAUCGGGCCCUCCUGUUAGGGUUGUGUUCAUGCUAACUGUGCAUGGUCGUGCAUUGCGACAAGUGAAAAGACUUUUAAAAUCAAUUUAUCAUAGUAAUCAUUAUUAUUAUUUCCAUGUUGACCAGGUUAGUGGAACAGUAUAUAUUCCCCAUAUUGAAAUGUGCCACAAUGCAUUCUACUUGAAACUUUAACUUGUCUAAUACCGGAUGAUUUCAGAUGCAGAUUAACCCAAUGAGUGGUAAGCACUCUCCCCCUAACAAGUAAAAUCAUCUAGCGUUAGACAGAGUAAAAUAAUCUGGCGUUAGACAGUCAGAGUAAAAUAAUAAAGUAGGGCGCAUCUGGGCACAUUGCCACUUAAAAGGUUAAUCCUUCAAGUGGUAUUACACCCAUACUUGUUGAUUUUACGGUUGUCAAGGGGAAAGUGUAUGUAACUUAAUGGGUUAACCCAUUGUCGAGUCACAUUGGAACCUGCUUUAUUAUUUUACUCUGUCUAACACCAGACAAUUUUACUUGUCAAGGGAAGAGAGCUGGCACUUAAUGGGUUAACUGGCAUAUCUACCCAUGUGUCUAGUUAACCCAUCGAGUCACAUUGCACCCUGAUACGCCCUACUUUAUCAUUUUACUCUGUCUAACGCGAGAUGAUUUUACUCAUCAAGGGGCGAGAGCUGGCGCUUAAUGGGUUAUUAAAUCAGUUAAUGAAAGAAAUAGGAAGAUAGUUUUGUCAACUCAUUAAGUUGCACCCUAAUGCGCCCUACUUUAUUAUUUUACUCUGUCUAACACCAGAUGAUUUUACUCAUCAGAGGGAGAGUGCUGCUACUCAAUGGGUUAAUGGGCUAACCUGAGACAUAAUCAAUGUGCAAUUAAUACUUUCCCUUUGAUAAGUAAAAUCAUUUGGUAUUAGACAGAGUAGAAUAACAAAGUUGUGCACAUAACUUAAGUUUCCCUGUUAUCCAAUGCAAAGUGCUAAAACAUAAUACACCAAACUAUUCUGUGGUAUAUUUCAGAGGUCAGAUUAUUUAUAUCGUGAAUUAGUUGAACUGGCAGCAAGCUUGCCAAAUGCCGCCGUAACUCCAUGGAGAAUGGCAACAAUAUGGGGUGGAAGCAGCCUAUUGCAGAUGCUGCUCAGAGCCUUAGAUGACUUAAUACAGAAAGAGGAAUGGAAAUGGGAUUUCUUUAUCAACCUAAGUGGAUCUGACUACCCUAUCAAGUAAGCCACUGCUUCGCGACUAACUCAAAUAAGAUUUUUCAUAUGCAAGAUAUCGUAAAAACCUUGUCUUUAUCAAUUUUUCAUUGUCAAAGUUACCAAAUAUGAUGUCUGUUGUUAAAUAGACAAAUUGUAAAUGCAGCAGAGUCGUGCUACGAAAGGCAAUGUUAUAUAUUAAAAGCUUUGAAUAAUUUGGUACCCAGUUACAUAAGUGAGUAAAGUGACAUGUUUAUGUUGAAGUCAUCAGUGACUAAAAUAGUACCAAGACUAAACUAACAAUUGGACAAAAAGCUUUAUUAUACAGUGGUGCAACUCUAUACAAUACCUUACCAUUUGAGAUAAGACAAUCAACAUCUCUAAAUUCCUAUAAGUAUAAUUUUCCUUUGUUUUGCAUGGCUGCUGAAAUUCACUAUUAAGUUUGAUUCUGCAUAUUAUAUUUUUUUCAUGUAAACUCUAUUAUUAAUAAGUAAUAGCAUGGUUUCUCAUAUAAUUUGGAAAAAACAUACACUUGUAAGUUUUUCAAAGACUUUGCAAGUCUCUGUUGUGCAUAUUUUUUUCCAAAUUGCACCCAUUAAAACCAUACUACAGUAUUACAUGUACCAAUACGAAUAUUGACUAUUAUAAUUUUCUGUUCACAGGACAAAUUCACAUUUGACCGAAUUUCUCACAGCACAUAGACAUGACAAUUUCUUGAAAUCUCAUGGCAGAGAACCAGAUAGGUAUUGUGUCAAACUUUUGCAUCUUAAUAGUAUUAAAAAUUGUCUGCCAUUAGACUGAGUAAAUAGCCAAAUAGGGUGUAUUGUGGAAUAAUGUGUUAAGAAUAUCCUCGACAGGUAGUCUGGCUAGCCUAUUAAUUAACCAUUGAGUGCCAGUGCUCUCCCUUGGUGAGUAAAAUGAUCUGGUGUUAGACAGAGUAACAUAAUAAAGUAAGGGCACCCACCAUUCCCUGUCCCAUACAAAUGUUUUGGCUGGUUAACCACUAUUACUUUGGUUUUCACUAGUUUCCAUCUACCAAACUGACAUUAUGUAAUUUGAUCAAUUUCUAAAGUUGUUUCUUUCUGGAUUUUUUCAUUAAUUUGGUUAGGGUUAGAGUUAGGGUUGCGGUUAGGGUUAGGGUAGGGUUUGGGUUAGUUUAUACAUAGCCAUUUAACACCCCUUACAUCUUCUGAAAAUGACGUCACGUCAAUUUCACAGAUGGAAACUAGUGCUAACCUAUUACUUUUGUCUCUAGGUUUAUCCACAAGCAGGGACUUGAUAGGACCUUUGUUGAAUGCGAUGAGCACAUGUGGAGAAUCGGGGAUCGUGUACUGCCAAGAAAUAUUGAAGUGGAUGGAGGGAGCGACUGGAUUGGUCUAAACCGAAAGUUUGCUGAAUAUAUUGUCAAGUCCGAAGAUAACCUAAUUACUGGGUUAAAAAGAAUAUACGCGUUCGCUCUUUUGCCUGCUGAGGUAGUUUAAUGUUGGUUAAAUAGAUAGAUAAACUUUAUUUAAACACGCUGACAUAGUACAUAAAUAGUACAUAAAGAGUCACAGUCCGGUUAUAGUGAUCAGCUACACUCUUUAGGACUAUUGUAGUAAAUAACGCUAUGCAAAUGAGAUAUCUUUUUCAAGUAGUUGAGACACAAACCACGACAGCUUAUUGUAGAAUACUACCUGCACUGGAUCACCACGUUUGAGAUAUCUUUUUCAGGUAGUUCAGAUACAAACCACGACAGCUUAUUGUAGAAUACUACCUACACUGGACCACCUCGUUUGAGAUAUCUUUUUCAGGUACAGGUUCAGACACAAACGCCACGGCAGCUUAUUGUAGAAUACUACCUACACUGGACCCCUUGAGACAGGACAUAUCAAUAGAAUAAUUGACGUCACUCUUUCAGGUAGUUCGGACACAAACCACGACAUCUUGUACUAAUUAUACGCUCUCUCUCUCUCUUGCAGUCAUUUUUUCACACUGUGCUACGCAAUGGUCCACAAUGCGAGACAUUUGUAAAAACAAACUUACGUGUAACAAAUUGGAAACGCAAGCUAGGGUGUCGUUGUCAAUACAAGCAUGUUGUAGACUGGUGUGGAUGUUCACCCAAUGAUUUCAAACCAGAAGAUAUACCAAGACUACAGGUGGGAAAUAAACGGCAUUAAAUUAAAACUACACUAAUUUAUUUAUACUGAAAAAUUAGUUUCAUAUUAUUUAUACUGGAUAAAACUGUUCUUCCUAGAGGUCCAGUAAGAGUCAUCUCUUAUUGAUCCGGUGUUACUACUGGAGGAAACCUAAACUAAACUAACUUUAUUUAUACUGGAUAGCUCUAUCAGUUCCAAACUGUUCUUCCUAGAGGUCCUGUAAGGAUCAUCUCUUAUUGAUCCAGUGUUACUACAGGAGGAAACCUAAACUAAACCAACUUUAUUUUUCUGGAUAGCUCUACAGUAUCAAAGGGUCAUCUCUUAUUGAUCCAGUCAUACUACAAGAGGAAACCUACACUAAACUAAUUCAAUUAUGAUAAAUAGUUCUAUUAGUUCUAAACUGUUCUCCCUAGAGGUUCAUUAAGAUCAAUUUCAAUUAAGCAAAUCUUAUAUUAUUUCAGAGAUCCAAGUACGAUUUAUUCGCGAGAAAAUUCGAAGCGAUUGUGAAUCAGAAAGUCAUCAACCUUUGGGACGAAUAUUUAUUUGGGAAAUUUUCUCCGGAAACUCCGGCGCUUGCCACCUACUGGGAAAAUUUCUACCACUACCUAGACGAUGACCGCAGACUCAACGAUGCCCUGCGCACGUACUUUGCGUCAUUUGGUCGCUUAGCAACAAGACAAGUCAGUUCUACCUAUUGCAAGAACCUUCCGAUUGGCGAAUUCAAGGAGAUUACAUAUUUGAACCAAGAUGACGUGUUUAGCGGGAUGUUGAUUUUGCAAGAGAUUAGUUUGAAAGGAGGAAGGAGUAUUACAAUGGAGACAUGGUUGUCUAGAACUGAUCAAGAGCAAAUGAUGAAUUUAAAUAUGAGCGAGGGGCCCAACCGCCUGGCUGGAUUACAGGU